ACGACGGAGGAGAAACUGUACUCUGAUCGGAGAGAUCGAAUUUUGGCGGAGGAUUUGGAUCGGAAAGUUUUGAUUCGUGAAAGUUCAAAGCAAAAUGAUUCACUUCGUGCUUCUUAUUAGCAGACAAGGAAAAGUUAGGCUGACAAAAUGGUAUUCUCCUUAUUCUCAGAAGGAGAGAUCUAAGGUUAUCCGUGAGCUUAGUGGAAUGAUUCUGAAUCGGGGGCCUAAGCUUUGUAAUUUUGUGGAGUGGAGGGGACUUAAAGCUGUCUAUAAAAGAUAUGCUAGUCUUUACUUUUGCAUGUGCAUUGAUCAGGAGGACAAUGAACUAGAGAUCCUUGAAAUUAUUCAUCAUUAUGUUGAGAUUUUGGAUCGUUACUUUGGCAGUGUUUGUGAGUUGGAUUUGAUUUUCAACUUUCACAAGGCCUAUUAUAUAUUGGAUGAGCUUCUAAUAGCUGGUGAGCUCCAAGAAUCAAGCAAGAAAACAGUUGCAAGAUUGAUAGCCGCACAGGAUUCGUUGGUGGAGACUGCAAAGGAGCAAGCUAGUUCAAUAAGUAAUAUAAUUGCACAGGCCACCAAGUAGGAAUAUUUUAGUGUACGUUUCCAGCUUAGUGGGAAAUUGAUUUGUUCUGAAGUGUUGUAAUUAUAUUUUGUUCGGAUUAUAUCCAACAAGUGAAUCCCGUAUUGCUGAAUGCUUUUGUAGUAUUACACAGAUUGCUUUUCUGGUUUUUUAAUGAUUCCAUCUAUCUGGCUAAUGUUAAUAGAAUUAUACUUUGUUAA